AUGAAUAUUUCAGAUAUAGUUCAGGAAAAGGAGGGUACUCCUGUUGUCAAUGGAGACGCAGCUGGGCAAGAGGCAGCCAAUACGCAAGUCAAACAAGAACUAGCGCCUCUACAAGUACCACCACAAGAACCACCACAAGAACCACCUAUAAAACAGGAAGUCAAUGGUACACCACGAGGCACAACACCAACUCCUCAAUUACAAACCAAACAGGUCAAGCAAGAGCCAAUAUCUCGUGAUACCAAUCUUCCGCCAUUGCAAGAAAUUGUGGGCGGGUCAUCAAUACGAAGGUACUUGAAUCAACACUUGACACAACACUUGUUGGACGGAUUGAAAGAAGUUGGGCAAGUCAAACCGGAAGACCCGUUGAAAUACCUCGGAGAGUUCUUAAUUGGAAGGUCAAAUGAGGAGAGGCAAUCAAGUAAAAGUGACAAUUGA